GGUCCAACUUUCCCCGCGAAAAUAACGUCACUCGCAGUUUCGCGCCAGAUCUGCAGUUUUCGGACGCGUACCCAAGAAGAGGUAUUUUGGCAACAAUGUCUUCUCCAACGUCGACUCCUGGUGGCCGCAAGCGCGGCAGAAACACUAACCCCUCCACACCCAGCAGCGAGGGUCCCAUCUCGCCUCCCUCUCAAAAGCGCAGAGGUCAGGACUCCUCUACCGGAGACCUAAUGCAGAUGCCCACGUCUCCUGCCACAGAUGUCCUCAGUCCUUCAGCACCACAAGACACUUCUCUGUUCUCCAGCCCAAGACCAUCAGUCCCACCCAAUGAAGUGGACAUGAGCUCCCCUCUGAUGUAUGGAACUCCCAGCUCCAGAGUGGAAGGGACUCCUCGCAGUGGAGUGCGCGGCACCCCAGCAAGACAGCGCCCUGAUCUAGGAUCAGUGCGGAAGGCUCCACAAGUCGAUCUUCAGUCUGAGCCGCCAAGUGCCGAGGGAGCAGCUGCCAGUGAAGCAAACGCCGGCCAGAGGCUGGUGAUCUGGGGGACCGAUGUCAAUGUCGGCACCUGCAAGGAGAAGUUUCAGAGGUUCCUGCAGAGGUUCAUCGACCCAUCCUCCACUGAAGACGAGAACGCUGGUCUGGAUCUGAAUGAGCCGCUGUACAUGCAGAAGCUGGAAGAGAUCAGUGUUGUUGGUGAUCCAGUGCUGAAUGUGAGCUGCCUGCAUGUGCAGGCUUUCGAUGCAGAACUUUACAGGCAGCUCAUCAGUUACCCACAGGAAGUCAUCCCGACCUUCGACAUGGCAGUCAACGAGCUUUUCUUUGAACGUUUCCCAGACUCAAUCCUGGAAUUCCAGAUCCAAGUCCGCCCCUACAACGCCCUAAAAACCAGGAACAUGAGGAGCUUGAACCCAGAAGACAUCGAUCAGCUGAUCACUAUCAGUGGCAUGGUGAUCCGCACUUCUCAGCUCAUCCCGGAGAUGCAGGAGGCGUUCUUCCAGUGCCAGGUGUGCGCCUACAGCACACGUGUGGAGGUGGAUCGUGGGCGCAUCGCUGAGCCGGCUGUGUGUCGCCACUGCAACACCACCCACAGCUUGGCGCUCAUUCACAAUCGCUCCCUCUUUUCAGACAAGCAGAUGAUCAAAAUUCAGGAGUCUCCAGAAGACAUGCCGGCUGGUCAGACACCUCACACAACUAUUGUUUAUGGUCAUAAUGACCUGGUUGACAAAGUGCAGCCGGGAGACAGAAUAAACAUCACCGGUAUCUACAGAGCCGUCCCCAUGCGCGCCAACCCGCGCCAGAGCAACGUCAAGUCCGUGUACAAGACGCACAUAGACGCCAUCCACUUCCGCAAGACGGACGAGAAGCGUCUCCACGGCCUGGACGAGGAGACCGAGCAGAAGCUCUUCACUGAAGACAGAGUGCAGACCCUGAAGGAGCUGGCGGCCAAGCCGGACGUCUACGAGCGCCUCUCCUCGGCCCUCGCGCCGAGCAUCUAUGAGCACGAGGACAUCAAGAAGGGGAUCUUGCUGCAGUUGUUCGGCGGCACCCGCAAGGACUUCAGUCAGACUGGCCGCGGUCACUUCCGUGCUGAGGUGAACAUCUUGCUCUGUGGAGACCCUGGCACCAGCAAGUCCCAGCUGCUGCAGUACGUGUUCAACCUGGUGCCCCGCGGCCAGUACACGUCGGGGAAGGGCUCCAGCGCCGUGGGUCUCACCGCCUAUGUGAUGAAGGACCCGGAGACCAGGCAGCUGGUCCUGCAGACUGGAGCUCUGGUACUGAGCGACAACGGCAUCUGCUGCAUCGACGAGUUUGACAAGAUGAGCGACAGCACGCGCUCGGUGCUGCACGAGGUCAUGGAGCAGCAGACCCUCUCCAUCGCUAAGGCCGGAAUUAUUUGUCAGCUGAACGCACGCACUGCAGUGUUGGCCGCCGCCAACCCCGUCGAGUCUCAGUGGAACCCGAAGAAGACGACCAUUGAGAACAUCCAGCUGCCUCACACGCUGCUGUCCAGAUUCGAUCUAAUCUUCCUGAUGCUGGAUCCCCAAGAUGAGGCUUACGACCGCAGGCUGGCCCACCACCUGGUGUCCCUGUACUACCAGAGUGAGGAGCAGAUGGAGGAGGAGUUCCUUGACAUGGCAGUGCUGAGGGACUACAUUGCAUAUGCGCGAACAUACAUUAAUCCAAGAUUGAGUGAGGAAGCCAGCCAGGCCCUCAUUGAGGCCUAUGUGGACAUGAGGAAGAUAGGCAGUGGUCGAGGCAUGGUGUCCGCCUACCCCAGACAACUGGAGUCCCUGAUCCGUCUGGCAGAGGCCCACGCCAAAGUGCGCUUCUCUGAGAAGGUGGAGACCAUCGAUGUCGAGGAGGCCAAGCGGCUCCACCGCGAGGCCCUCAAACAGUCUGCAACAGACCCCAGGACAGGAUUUGUUGACAUCUCAAUUCUCACAACAGGUAUGAGCGCUACUGCCCGCAAGCGUAAAGAGGACGUUGCCCAAGCCUUGAAGAAACUGAUCCAGGCCAAGGGAAAGACGCCUGCUAUGAAGUACCAGCAGCUCCUCGAUGAUCUCAGAGGACAGUCUGAAACUGCAAUCACUAAGGAGCUGUUUGAUGAGGCUCUCCGAGCCUUAGCUGACGAGGAUUACUUGACAGUUACUGGAAAGACUGUUCGUCUCCUUGCCUAAAGCCACACCCUGCAAUUAUGUACAGUCCUUAAUUUUAAAUACUGUCCUGAACUUUUUUUUUUCUUUGCUGUAAAAAGAAAAAUUGUAUUAUUGAACCACCAAAUGUUUUCUGGGUUUGUAAGACAUUUAAACAUCCUGGAUGAUUCAGUUACCACCAGAUGACUCAUUCAAACUUGACUGUUGGUUUGAUUGGGGGAAAAAAAGAUGGAAAAAUUGAAACUUGCCUUGCUGUUAACUGAGGUGAUAUUUAACAGUGAUUGUAUGUCUGUUGUUGUUUUCAAAUUAAUGCUCUUGAUGUUUUGUUGUCUGUGGAGGUAAAAAGCUCUUGUCAUCUAAAUUGUUUGUUUUCUGUGAUGUGUUUAAAGAAAGCCUUUGUUUUUGUACCAUAUUUCUAUGACCAGAUUAGAAAUGUCCUUAUAGCUUGUAUUGGCCAUUUGUUUAUAGAGAGAAAAUAAAAUGUUGCUCACUCAA